UCCAGUCCAGCGCAUGCGUACUGUUGCCACCCAUCAUGGCGGUGUGAAACACAGAUCCGAGUGUCGACAGCCUUCCUUGUCAUGACGUUUGCUAUGCACAUGCUGGAGAAGGAGGUGGGGGACCAGAAAGUCAACACCAUGCCUGCCAUCAUGGACGACUUUGGGGACAGUCUGUUUGACCAGCCCAUGGACCUGAUGGACUGUAUGCCUGCUGCAGUACUGGACAGUCAGGCCACUGACCAGCUGACCGGACCUGAGGGUGGACAGGCUGGAGAAACAAGUGCUGAGGCUGCAUCAGCCCCAGAUGUCACAGCUGGACCGUCUGCCCAUCCUUCAGGCAACAAGAAUGGCACUGAGGUUGAAUGGGAGCAGGGUGCGUGUGGUCUGCACAACCUGGGAAACACCUGCUUCAUGAACGCAGGGCUACAGUGUAUGCUGAGUAAUGCACAACUCUGCAGCUUCAUCCUGGACGCACCACCAGGUUCUAUCCCAGAGGACAGCCUGUGUGGUCUGUUUGCAGCCCUGGUACAUAAGGUGUGGAGUGGGCGCUACUCCUACCUCAAACCCAGGAGGUUUAAGGAUAGACUGGGACAUCAGUUUCCACAGUUUAAGGGCUUCAGACAGCAUGAUGGACAGGAGUUUCUGGCCCUCCUUCUGGACAGUCUUCAUGAAGAGCUGAACAAGACUCACAAACUUGUACAGAAGAACAGAGUCCCUAUGGUCACUCCUGCUGACCACGACUGUGCCAUAUACGAGGACAAUUACUCCAGUGAGGAGUCCAAGAGUAGUGUGACCAGUAUGGACGUCCCCUCCCCAACCUCAAACCUGCUGGUCCUGGACGGAGGCUCCUCCUUUCACACAGAAAAAUGUACCGCUAGAACAGUUCCCAACUUUGAGGAAUAUCUGAUGAAAGAUACAAAAACACUAAACACAAAUUUGCAGACGACAUACACGUUGAAUAAUGAAAAGUCGGUCAAAUCCCCGCCCAGGGUUGAGAGCUUGUGUCACAGGAAAGUCCACAACACGGCAGACGAGAGUAACAAACUUAACAAAGACACAAACGUCAUGGCUGAGAAACAAGGGAACUGUUCCACACAGGGUGCCUGCUGUGGGGAACUUCAGCUAAAAGGCCAGAACAUCAACAAUAAGAGAUUAAAAGUAGACUGUGCUCUGUCCUUGAGGUGUGGACCAAUCGAGGAUGAGCAGAAAAGACGAGCGACAGAUUUUAUCAGUAACAUCAGCAAUAACCAGCUGGCCAUGCCAGGCUGUCAGGGGACCAAGUGCAAGGUCACCAGCAACUUCAUGUCCAAAAAUGAAGUCAACCCCACCAGGGAGGUCCUGAACAGGAUGGGGGUCAGCAUGGAGGGUGUGAAAGGGGGCGAGGGUGUGCAUGGGGAGGAGGUGUCUAAGCUGGAGAUGUCGGAGUGUUUGGAGGAGAGUGAAGCAGAUCUGGAGUGGGAGAUGUAUGUGAGAGAUAACCAGUCUGUAGUGGUGGACACUUUCCAAGGCCAGUUCAAAAGUACAGUGACGUGUUCUGUGUGUCGUCACCCUUCUGUGACUUAUGAACCCUUCAUGUACCUGUCAGUGCCCCUGCCCAGGGCCACAGAGAGACAGAUAGCGGUGACCUGGGUGCCUUGUGAUGACACCACGCCAGUCCGCUACUGUCUGACAGUCCAGGAGUAUGGCAAGGUCAUUGACCUGAAGAUGGCCCUGCUAGUCUUCCUUGGUGAUGGACAGCAGCAGGACAUGAUAGUUCUGGCUGAAGUCUUCGACCAUCACAUCUCCAGGACUCUGGAUGACGGUACGUUGCUGAGAUAUGUCAACACAACCAACAGGGACAUCUGUGCCUUCCAGGUGACGGAGCUCAGACCUGAACCAGACACACGUUCUGACACCAGCAGUAGUACAUGUACACAGGCUGCCGGCUGCACAGGUGUUUAUGUUUAUUGUGCUGUACAGGACAGCCAGGGACAGGCGUGGGGUGGUCUGAGGGUGGUCAGCACCUGGCGCAGCUGUGCCGUCUGUCUGGAGGAGAUGGCAGACAACCAGCUGUUAUCACAUGACCCAGGCUGCGGCUGCUGUCUGUGUGACAACUGUAUGGAGUUGACAUCCAAGCAUUACCUGAGCAGUGGAUUUCAGUGUCCGAUGAGGUUGUGUGGGUACCCUCGGCUGCUGGUGUCCCCCAGUGAGGUGACAGGGACAGAUGUGUACAGUUGUGUACAGCAGCUCCUGCCCCUGGACACAGCCUACUCUGUACUGCUCACAGAUGGACAGGGACUCCACUGUUCCCGCUGUAUGUUCAGUAUCCACUGUGGUGGCUGUGAGGUACCGAGGGAAGGUCCCACCAGUCUGAAGCCAGGAGACCAUCUGACCGUCAGGCUGACCAGUCUGUGUGAACAGGACCUGGACAGGAGGAACAGUGUCCAGGACCACUGCUCCAUGAAGGACUUCAGCACUCAGCCACGUGUGCUGUCCUUGGAAGAAAGUUUUAAGGCUUUUACUGAAAGUGAGGAGCUGGAUGAACACAACCCCUGGUACUGCUCACAAUGUCGUCAGAACCAGCCUGCAAAGAAGACACUGAAGGUCUGCCGCUUCCCAGAAACCCUUGUGGUCUACCUGAAGAGAUUUGUGUUUCACCAACUCACCGGUAUAAAGAUCGACAGUAAAGUACACUACCCACUAGAAACUCUAGAUGUUUCAGCCUUGCAAGAUGAGUCCUGUACCAGCUGCCCUCCAACAUAUGACUUACAGAGCUGCAUUCUUCAUUUUGGAGGAGUGAAUGCUGGCCACUACACCUGCUUUACCAAGCACCCGCUCAGCUGCAGCUGGAGAUACUACAAUGAUGAGACUGUGUCGCAGCUGCAGCCGUCAGAAGAACAUGCCAACAAUGUUUAUGUACUGUUCUACCAGAGAAAGGGAACUUCAGUCAGCUUUAGACUCCCCUCCCCUCUACCAGUGGACCGGUCCGCAACACCCUCCCCUCCCCAGAGCCCCUGCGUUCCCAACCUGGGCAGCCCCAACAUUAUGGAAGACAUCAAUGACAUGCUCAGAGACUACAGUUCUACACAGGAAUGUAACCAGGAUGACCAGACGCCCUUCUUUGGUCCAGUCAACAUGGUGGACAGGGACGGUCUGUAUAAUAAUGAGGUGACAGAAAGUUCUUUCCCUGACCAACAAGAAGAGAUGUUAAAAUUUGACCUGUACUCAUGAUAACUACAUGUACUGUCAUUCACACUCUCAAACAGAUGUUAUAACAUCAAUAAUAUUGGCCCUUUAAUCUGCUUACUAGUAUUAUUGCUUGCACAGUCCUUAGCAUCUGUUUUUUGUACAUUGUAUGUCUGCUACAAGUACAGUAUUUGUUGAAAAUUUUACGUCGAUAUACGUUUUC